AUGGCCGAUUCGGGGACGCCACCGCUCCCUCAGGGCGUAGCCUACGGCUUGGUCUGUGGGUUCGGCAUUGUGUUUGCCUUGACAAUGAACCUAAUCACCUGGGUUUCGCGCAAGUAUCUACAUGAGUCCACUGAUACGAAUAUGCUCAUGACCGCCAAGAAAAGCGUCAAGAGCGGUCUUGUCGCAGCUGCUGUCGUCAGCUCGUGGUGCUACGCUGCGACUCUUCUCAAUUCUGUUCGGUUGACAUAUCUCUUUGGUUUUGCAGGUUUAUGGUGGUUUGUUGCCGGAGCGACGGUGCAGAUUCUCCUCUACGCAAUUAUGGCCAUUGAGCUCAAGCGACGUGCGCCAAGAGCCAAUACUAUCCUCGAAGCUUUGCGUAUUCGAUUCGGCACCAGGACACAUAUAGUCUUCUUCUGCUAUGGCGUGUCUGUCCAAGUUCUCAUCACUGCCGCGCUACUUCUUGGUGGAUCUGCGGCAUUCUCUGUCACAACGGGUGCCAAUAUUGUACGUGAACAAGCCCGAUUUUUAUACACAUAUCUUGGUGGCCUGAAAUCCACUAUUCUGUCCGACUAUCUGCAUACAAUCAUCAUUUAUGUUAUUCUCCUGGUAUUCAUGUUCAAAGCAAUGGCGGUGCAGUCACUGCCUGUUCUUGGUUCGCCAGGGGCACUCUGGGAUCUUCUCCAAAGUCCCGACGUUAUGAUUACCGGCGGAGCUACUGGAGCCAAAAAUGGCUCUUAUCUGACAAUGCAGUCUGGCCAGGCUCUGCUUCUUGCCGGUGUUAUUCUUGUCUCUGGAUUUGGAUCUGUAUUUGUUGACCCGUCUUACGGGCAAAAGGCAAUUGCUGGGGAACCGGGCGCUGUGGUCAUGGGUUACUUUUACGGAGCCUUUGCGUGGUUCAGCAUUCCACUCGGCCUCUGUGCUACAAUGAGCUACGUGGCAAUUGCGCUCGCCAAUACCGAGUACUGGCCACUCGAGGGCGGUGUCACUGCCUACCAGAUCAACAAUGCAAUGAUCCUUCCACUGGCUGCUGAAGCUGUCAUGGGUAAGGGAGGCGCCGUGGCUGUUGUUCUAAUGGUUUUCAUGGCUGUGACAUCGAGUUUCAGUGCCGAAAUCAUAGCACAUGCCUCCAUCGUGACUUUUGACGUAUACCAUCCCUACAUUAACCCGAAUGCCAGCGAUAAACGACUCAAACUAGUCUCACAUAUCUCUUUGACUGCAUUUGCCCUAUUCUCCAGCACAUUCGCAACUGGGCUCAACUAUUCUGGCGUCUCAAUGGGCUGGAUACUCGAGUUCCUGGGUGUUAUUUUGGGUUCUGCCGUGGUACCCAUAAUUCUCGCCGUCAACUCGGCACAUGUGGGUUCUGCUUUCAUGACAUUCGCAGCACCGAUCGGAUCGAUAUGCGCGCUUGUUUCUUGGAUCGGCUCGGCCAAGGGCAUGUACGGGCAAGUCACCGUGACAACACUCUAUGAGAACUGGCCCAUGUUCAUCGGAUGCACAGUCGGUCUAUUCGUCCCACUCUUGAUCUAUUUUACCAUGUGGCCGCUGCACCGUACGCCGUACGAUUGGGAUCGCCUCUUUCUCAUGCAGCCACUAGAGCCGCGGCCGGGCGAUAAGGUGUACUCACACGAAGAUACCACCGACAUUGGCAAUGACUGGGAUCCCUCUGGGUUGGCGCGCGCAUCCAGAAACGCAAAGAUAGUCUCUGCCAUUAUGGUGAUCAUCUUUCUGGUCAUUAUUCCAUUUUCACUCUACGGGUCUGGCUAUAUCUUUAGCCGCAAUUUCUUCACCGGCUGGACAAUUGUGGUGUUCAUCUGGUCGUUUGUCGCAGCAGGAAUUAUUUGGUUCUUGCCAUUGUGGCAAGCAAGGGAGACAUGGAUUGGUGUGAUCCGUGGUAUUUUAGGAAAGAGCAGCGGGAAUUCGAAGGUACAAGAGAAUGACGAUAUCGCCGGGAUCCCACGAGAAGACAUUGACGUGGCUGACAAAGGUCUAAACACUUCCGACGUGGAAAAAGUAGUCGAAUCGCACUGA